CGGUUGAGCAACCGCAUGUCAUGACGGUAUUGUUGCACCAAACAGCUUGCAUUGCACACUUCACAAUCGACCGGGCCCGCGCGGCUCCGUGGCCCCGGGCGCAACCGCACCCAUGGACCAUCCAUCCAUCCAUCCAACCGACAUGAAUGCUGUGACACCGACACUGCCGCAUGGCAGAUUGUUUGCUGGUGUUGUGCUCUCAAGUUGUGUAACCGCCGCGCCACGAGUUAUGCCGGGGUCUCGGAGGCGCUUCAUCCGUGCUGUUGGGACUCUGCCUCCUGGGCGAUGCCGUGCAUAACCAAGCACAUAUGUGCUGCACACAUGCAACUCCGCAGUCAUCGUCUACUGAUAUGCAGGGGUUCCGGGUCGGGGCGGAGUUUGUGAGCAGGCGCGGGACGUCGGGCGUGGAGUUGGCUGCCGCCUGUUCUCGCUUAUAUACUGCAGAGCAUGGUGAUAUAAAGAAACCAAGCCCUCGCCUACACGACCAGGCUGCCGGGGUCGAAUCCAAGACACCCACCACGCUCACCCGAACGUCAACUGUCCGUCCGUGCAAACGCGUCAAAAGUCGCGAUGCCUUCAGGACUGAUUGCCACCCUGCUCAGCGGCGGAGACGUGCCGCUCGACCUCGCGACCAAGCCGCUGCCCCUGAUGAUCGCAUCCGUCGUCGGCGUCCUCCUCAUGCUGUACCUACGCGCGCGGCGAGCCAUCACCAGCACGCAGCCGCCGCUGCUCAACCCCAAGAAGCCGUACGAGCUCACCGAGGGGCGCGCCAAGGACGAGUUUGCACGCAACUCGCGGCGAGUGCUGGAGAAGUGGUUCAGCGAGCACCCGGACAAGCCCGUGGCCGUCAACACCGACUUGGGCCGUAUGACGGUCCUGCCGCCGGGCAUGGCCGACGAGAUUCGCAACGACAAGAGGCUGGACUUUGUGCAGCUGACACAACAGACGUUCCACUCGCACCUCCCCGGGUUUGAGGGGUUUAGGGAAGGCUCACAAGAUGGCGAGAUUAUCAGACGGACCAUUCUUAGGGAGCUCACGCAGAAUCUGUGCAACAUCUCACAACCGCUGGCCGAGGAGGCGACUCUGGCGCUCAGAGAUCUCUUGACGGAUAGUCCCGAGUGGCAAACCGUCAACCUUCGCCACACAAUCCUGCGCCUCGUCGCGCGCAUGUCGUCGCGCGCCUUCCUCGGCGAGAAGCUCUGCCGCGACGAAGCCUGGCUCGAGGUGACGCGCGAGUACACCGUCACCGUCUUCACCGCGGCCACGGAGCUGCGCAAGUACCCCUACGCCGCGCGCUACGUGGCGCACUGGUUCCUGCGGAGCUGCGGCGACGCCCGCCGGCUCAUCAAGCAGGCGCGCGGCGUCAUCCAGCCCGUCAUCGACGAGCGGCGGCGCGAGGCCCGCGACGCGAGGGCGCGCGGACAAGAGCCUGACGUGUACAACGACGCCAUCGACUGGUUCGAGAGGGAGAAGACGACGAGCGGCGACUAUGACGCGGCGGUUGUGCAGCUCGUGCUCUCCCUCGCGGCCAUCCACACGACGACGGACCUCUUGUGCCAGACCUUGAGCGACAUUGUUGAACAUCCCGAGAUCAUCCAGCCCCUCCGCGACGAGGCGGUUGCGGUGCUGUCCAAGGAGGGCUGGCACAAGUCUGCGCUGUUCAAGAUGACGCUGCUCGAUGCCGUCCUCAAGGAGUCGCAACGCCUCAAACCCAUCGGCCUGGUCUCGAUGCGCCGCAUGGCUCUCCAAGACAUGACCCUCUCCGACGGCACCUUUGUCCCCCGCGGCCACUGCAUCGGCGUCUCCUCGCACAACAUGUGGACCGAUGCGUCCGUGUACGCCGACCCGCGGGCGUGGAACCCCUACCGCUUCGUCGCCAUGCGCGACAAUCCCAAGAAGCGGCACCUGUCGCACCUCGUCGCCACGAGCCCCGAGCACCUCGCCUGGGGCCACGGCGCGCACGCCUGUCCGGGCCGCUUCUUCGCCGCCGAGGAGGCCAAGAUUGCGCUGCUCAACAUCCUCCUCAAGUACGACCUCGAGCUGCCGGCGGGCGUGGUGCCGAAGCCGUACGAGUAUGGCAUCGCCUUGUCCCACGAUCCCUCCCUGAAGCUGCGCAUCCGAAGACGGCAGGCGGAGAUGGAGGUAUGACACACAGCCGCCGCCGGGCGGUGACACGGGACGGGCGAGCCAUGCAGGGUGACAAUGGAGGGCACGCACUGCCACAUGUUAUGAGAUUGCGGGCAGGCAGGCAGGCAGGGGGGCCAUGUAUCAUGACUUUGCGACGACUAUACUGGUUUUUGUUUUUUUUGUGAAUUCGCUCAUUACGGGGCGAGGGAUGGCGGUAGCGAGUCUGUUCGGCAAAAGCGUAGCGUUCACAUCGCGGCGAGAC